CGCGUCCUCCGUUUUUUUCAGUCGCUUAAGAAAAGAGAGCGAGGGACGAGAACGAGCGGGCUAGCAAUACGGGAGAUACUUUACACCGGGGUUCAAAAGACUGAUAUUUUGCAUCGACAGCCGCUUUGCAGGACCAGGAUGUCCAGUGAGGUGCAGAGACCGGAUGACAGCCCCAGCACGAGCGGGGGCAGCUCGGACAUCGAGCAGCGUGAAACUGUCCCCGCGGAGCAGGAGCGAGAACAGACACAGCCUAAGAAGAAGGAGACCAAGAUCUCCAGUAAGACGGCUGCCAAGCUCUCCACCAGUGCCAAGAGGAUUCAGAAGGAACUAGCUGAAAUCACACUAGACCCUCCACCGAAUUGCAGUGCUGGGCCUAAGGGAGACAACAUCUAUGAGUGGAGGUCCACGAUCCUGGGCCCCCCGGGGUCUGUUUACGAGGGGGGAGUCUUCUUCCUCGACAUCGCCUUCACGCCCGACUACCCCUUCAAACCACCCAAGGUAACGUUCCGCACAAGAAUCUACCACUGUAACAUCAACAGCCAGGGCGUGAUCUGCUUGGACAUCCUGAAGGACAACUGGAGCCCUGCCCUCACCAUCUCCAAGGUGCUGCUGUCCAUCUGCUCCCUGCUCACAGACUGCAACCCUGCUGACCCCCUGGUCGGGAGCAUCGCCACACAGUACUUGACCAACAGAGCAGAACACGACAGAAUAGCCAAACAGUGGACCAAGCGAUACGCCACAUAGACCCUCCCACACUCUCUACCCCACCCCGCCACAAACUCCACACCUCCUCUCCACCCCCUCCCACCCUGUCAAAGCACACUCACUAAAGUGCAACCUUUGACCUACCCCUACCCUCGUACCUUUUGUUUCCCUUUUUUUGUGAAAAAGAAAACUGUCUUUUUUUUUUCCUUGUUGACUUGAAAGCUUCUUUUUUAUACAAAGAGUAGAUUUGGAUUUUAUUUUCCAAUGAACUGAAUGUUGGAACUGUCAUAGAAAAAAAAAUGUUUUAUUAUGAUAAUUACUGUCCUCCCCACUCUGUAUAUGUGUGUUCUUCCCUUACUUUUUAAGUGGUCCCAGCAACAAAUGCAGAUUAUAUCUUGUUUCUACUAUACUGUAGUGUUUAGAAUUUUUUUGUACGGAACUCAUUUAUGGUAUGUGCAUGUUAACAGGAUUGGCGAUUGAAGAUUGUAUUAUUUUCAACAUUCAUGUGGCAUCAAAAAAAGAAACUGUACAUGCUCUACCGUCGGAUUUUGUUGGUGUGUAUUAUUUUUUAAAGGUUUGUUGAGGCAGACUGUGGAAAUAUCUGCCUGCCAGAAGACGGGACUUGUAAAUUUACUCGCUACAUGCCACCUCUGACAUUCCAGAGUGGUUUGUUGUACACUUUGCAUUAUUAAAGCACUCAAUAAAACACUGGCUGAACUGUAGCUGCACGGAUCAUCAGCA